AUGUCCCAGCGGCUGCUGCUGCUGCUGCUGCUCCUGAUGCGGACGGAGGCGGGCCCCAGGCGGGAGAAACUGGGGGGGACGGGAGGGGUCCCCCUGGAGGGGUCCCUGCUCCAGCCCCUCGACCACUUUGACCGCCUGGAGGGACGCAGCCUCAGCCAGCCACCCGGGCAAUGCCGGGGGGCGGCGGGGGGGCUGCUGCAGCGCCUGGGCCAGUGGUUCUACGAGGUGGAUGUGGCGACGGCCUGGGGAGAGCGGCUGCGGCGACACCGGCUGCGGAGCAGGAACGUGUACUCCCGCUUCCUCAGGGACACGUACGGGGACAAUGUGGUGGCCGCUGUCUUCACCCUGUCCUCUGGUGGGGGAGUCAGAUUUGAGGGGCAGGAGCACUGGAUCCGGCCGGAGAGCCGCUGGCGCCCCGAAGUACUGCGCCUCCGUGAUGUCCCCGUGGUGGCCCUGGACCUCAGUGGCUCCCCCCUCACCUACGAUGGCUUGGACAACUUGGUGCCGCUGACCCGGCUGCAACACCUUGACCUGAGCGGGUGCCCCCACCUCGACGACUGGGCUCUGGGGCGACUGCAUGUCUUUGGGAACAGCCUGCGGGAGCUGUCAGUGGCCCACUGUCCCCACAUCACCGAGAGGGGUCUGGCCACCCUCCACCACCUCCGGGAGCUGCAGCGCCUGGACGUGGCAGGGGUGCAGGUGCCCAGCCCGGGGCUGGUCCAUAUCCUGCUGGAGGAGAUGCUGCCGGGCUGCCAGAUCCUGGGCAUGGACCUUGGGGACAGCGCAGCGACGGGGACACCGACACCGUCGGGAGGUGGAAAGUCCCCCGUCUGAGGUUGACAGGGUUUUGGGGUGCGGAGGGAGCCACGCUGUCCGCCCCCUGCUCCAGAACAUUAAAUGCCUGGUGGCUGUGUGCUGCCUCC